AUGUUAAGACGGAUUGAUCCAGCAAAUCCGAUUCUAGUUCAGUAUUUGACAUCUGUUAACCCAAAUGUUACAGUUGGGGUUCUUUUGACAAAAGGGGUUGAGGUUACAUCGAAGGCUGCUAAAGCUUCUAAGAAAACAAAGAAGACUGAACAACCAAAAUCUGUUCAUGAGCAUGUGGAGAAGGAUGGUUCAAAACUUGUUCAAGAGAAUGAGGAGAAGGAAGUUUCUAAGGAGGUCGUUCCUUCGAAGACAAGCAUUCUCAAAAGAACAAAUAAGCCUACUCACAUACCUCAUCAUUCUCCUGAAAGGCCAAUAGUUCAAGAAGUUUCUAAGCAUGUGUUUUCAACGAAGGGGAUAAAGAAGAUUCACAAACCUCAACUUAACAGAAGAGGUGUGCCCAUUCGCAAAGUUCCUGCUCAUGUGUCACCUACUUCCAAGAAACAACAAGCUCGUGAAAUGGUCAAAAAGGUCAAAAAGAAGAAGUGA